CUCGGUGCGGCGUCGCUGCUGCACGCCUGCACCGGUGGUUGCAACACCCUCCCCCCUUCAUUCUCGGCUUCUCGCUCGUCGCCGUCUUGCCGCUAGCCUGUCUCACCUCGCGGCCGGCAGCCUUGCGCGACGCGCCGCGCUCUUUCACAUUCAAAAUUAUUCGCAAUCGCAACCAUUGCAAAAACUCUCUGUGCAAUAAAAUACUUAAUAUUUCGAUGCGUUCAUAAUUAGUCUAAAAACAGAGAGGUAGUUUAAAGUUAACAAAGAAAUUAAGUGCCUUUUAAACUUUGAAUGCACUCCUCGUUGCAUGUCCCGCGCGCGUCGUUAUGAGAACCCCGUACUGGCGGUCACGUUGACGUCGCGCCGCCAUAUCUGUCUCGGCCACCAACUAGCAAAAUUAAUAGAAUGGCGGAGGGCAAUGGAGAAAUACCCAUUGAAGAGGUACCUGGGAAGGACUCCGAUGUUGGCCGGACACCAGAUUACCGCAAACUCAUUGACUAUGGCUUGGAUCCUAAGGUAGCAGCCAAGCUCGACGACAUUUAUAAGACUGGAAAGCUAGCGCACGCCGAACUGGAUGAACGUGCGUUAGAUGCCUUAAAAGAAUUUCCAUCCGACGGUGCUUUAAGUGUUCUUGGACAAUUUUUAGAUUCAAAUCUCGAGCAUGUAUCUAAUAAAAGUGCUUAUUUAUGUGGAGUCAUGAAGACCUAUAGACAGAAAAGCAGAGCGGGGGUCCAAGGAGCGCCCGCGUUGGCUUCAACUGUCCCCGUGAAGGGCCCUGACGAAGAGAAGAUCAAACAAAUAUUAGCCCGGACCGGGUACACGUUAGAUGUUACCACAGGUCAACGCAAGUAUGGUGGGCCGCCGCCCGGGUGGGAGGGCGGUACGCCGGGCGCCGGCUGCGAGGUGUUCUGUGGGAAAAUCCCGAAGGACAUGUACGAGGACGAACUCAUCCCGCUGUUCGAGCGCUGCGGCACCAUCUGGGACCUGCGCCUCAUGAUGGACCCCAUGACGGGCACCAACCGCGGCUACGCCUUCGUGACGUUCACGUCGCGCGAGGCCACGCAGCGCGCCGUCCAGGAGCUCGAUAAUCACGAAAUAAAACCUGGGAAGACUCUGAGAAUUAAGAUUAGCGUACCGAAUCUGCGACUUUUCGUCGGCAACAUUCCCAAGUCUAAAGGCAAAGAGGAGAUACUGGAAGAGUUUGGUAAAUUAACAGCUGGGCUCGUCGAAGUUAUAAUAUAUAGUUCGCCCGAUGACAAGAAGAAAAAUAGAGGAUUUUGUUUUUUGGAAUACGAGUCUCACAAAGCAGCGUCACUAGCUAAACGUAGGCUUGGAACUGGUAGAUUAAAGCAGGUAUGGGGCUGUGAUAUAAUAGUGGAUUGGGCGGACCCUCAAGAGGAACCUGACGAGCAAACUAUGAGCAAAGUGAAGGUGUUGUACGCGCGCAACCUGACGCAAGAGAUAACUGAGGACGCGCUGAAAGAAGAGUUCGAGCGCUACGGCACUGUCGAGCGUGUCAAGAAGAUUAAGGAUUACGCGUUCGUGCAUUUUGAGGACCGGGACUGUGCAGUAAAGGCUAUGCAAGAGCUAGACGGUAAAGAAAUGGGUGGUGCGCGACUGGAAGUGUCGCUAGCCAAGCCGCCGUCCGACAAGAAGAAGAAAGAAGAAAUAUUGCGCGCGCGCGAACGACGUAUGAUGCAGAUGAUCCAUGGCCGCGGCGGAUUCGAUUGGUGCAGCUGCUCGCCGGUACUGCGCGGCCGCACGCCGCAGCCGCAGCCGCGCCCCCCGCAGGCGCGAGGCGACUACGGCUGGGUCAUGUGGGACGGGCGGGCGAUGGGCGCGGCGCGCGGCGGCGCCGGCCCCCGCGGCUGGGGCCCGUGGUGGUGCGCGCCGCGUCGCGCGUGGCCGCCGCACGCCCAGCGCCAUGCGUGGCAAUCCCCGCGCCAAGCCAAGUUUACCAGGUAAACGUAAACACGACGGGGGCCACCAGAACGUCGGGGGGGAGUGCAAGCGGCGGGUGGGCGCGGGCGGGUGCGGCGCGGGCGCGGGCUGGGGCGGCGGCGCGCUGGCGCAGCAGCCGCUGGCCAGCUAGCGCGGGGGGCGCGGGGGGCGCGGGGAGCGCGAGGGGCGCGGGUAGGGGCGCGGGGAGCGCGGGCGCGGGCGCCGCGGGCGGCCGGCCCCCGCAUGGGAGGCACUACAAGCUGCGCGGGGGAUGUACCUGGCCGCUGCGCGCGCGCGCUCGCGGCCCGCGGAUACGUUCACGUCCGGUCCUCGCUGCGUGCCGAGAGGAUCGCUCUACUUUUUUCUAUAUAUGUGUUUUUUUAUUUGAUUUUCGAGUUUUCGAUUUUGUAUCGCAUCGAUCCGAAAAAAUCUUAAAGUAGGACGUUAUGAAAUGUUUCGAUUGUAAGUUUCCCGUUAUGCUUAUGUUUUUCACUGUCGUAUUAGCCGUAUAUAUAUUUAAUAUAUACUUUAUUUGAGGGGAGCGCACGGCCGCGGUUGCCUGUUUGCGACCGUGCGCUUGGGUCGCGGACCCGUUGACUGUCUGUUUUUUUUUAAUACAUGUUAUUCGAUAUAUUUUAUUCCUGUGAACGCAUUUUGCGAUGUGAUGUGUAUUUUAGCAGUAAUUAUUAUAUUGUAAGGAGUUUGACUGUUGUUUUUUGACAUACUUACAACUUAGGAUACUUGAAUGAAUUUAAUCGGAUUCUUGAAUGAAUUGAACUCUCCGACGACUAGCGAUUACGGCUAAAAUAAAACCACCCCCUGUACUCGAACAUUUCCCGACUGUGUUCCUGCUUUAGUUUUUUUUGCUUUAUUUUUAUUACAUAUUUCCCUUAAAAUACAUUAGUGUGAGGCAGUAGUAUUGUAAAGUUCAGGAUUUCUGUAAUGUUUAUUAUUGCUGUACUAAACUUUUUUGUAUUCGACCACAUAGCAUGUCCAUACUGUUAGAACUCGACUUGUAUCAAUCUUGUAUCAGUUUAAUAUGUGGAAUAAAUUUGCAAAACUGUGUUUGCCUUAUUAUCUACUUGUUUCCUUUUUCUCUAA